GAGAGGGGAGGGGCAGAGCCACGCGGCUCCCGCGCCCCCUUCCUUCCCCAGGCCGCGAGCGCGGGGCAGUGGGUGAGGGGAAGGUCAGAGCAGGGGAGGGAUAGAGAGAAGGUGGGGGCGCAGCCAAGGAAGGCCGUCUCUAUGGUGAGGAGGAGGUAGCUACUGGGCAGCAGUGGAGGAGGAGGCGGCGGCGGCGGCGGCGGCGGUAGCGGCGGUAGAGGCGGAGGAGAAGCAGCCGGACCAGGAGCGGCGGCAGCGGCGGCAGCGGCGGCAGCGGCGGGACCGGCGGGAGCGGCGGCGGCGGCAGCACUAGCGGCCCUGGAGGUGCAGGUACAAAAGUAAACGGGGAAGAGAAAGGGGCUUUGGGAGGACCAUCCCUGAUCCGCUGGGGGAGAAGCUGCUGCCUGUUACAGCCACCCCACGCCCCCACCCUGCCGCCCCCAUCGUCCCCGCCUGUGCCAAUCAUGCCAGCCGCCCAUGCCGAGCAAAGCCCGCGGAUCCGGGAAGUUUGGGCUUGCAACCUGGACGAGGAGAUGAAGAAAAUGCGCCCCGUUAUCCAGCAGUACAAUUACGUGGCUAUGGACACGGAGUUUCCAGGUGUGGUGGCCAGACCCGUGGGGGAAUUCCGAAGCUAUGCCGACUACCAGUACCAGCUUCUGAGGUGCAAUGUGGACUGGCUGAAGAUCAUCCAGCUGGGGCUGACCUUUAUGAAUGAGCAAGGAGAGUGCCCUCCGGGAACCUCCACGUGGCAGUUUAAUUUUAAGUUCAAUUUGAAGGAGGACAUGUACGCCCAGGACUCCAUCGAGCUGCUCACCAUGUCCGGCAUCCAGUUCAAGAAGCACGAGGAGGAGGGCAUCGAGGCACAGUACUUCGCAGAGCUCCUCAUGACCUCCGGGGUGGUCCUGUGCGAUGAGGUCAAGUGGCUGUCCUUUCACAGUGGCUACGACUUCGGUUACUUCAUCAAGAUCCUCACCAACUCGCCCCUGCCAGAAGAAGCCCACGACUUCUUCGAGAUCCUGAAACUCUUCUUCCCAGUCAUCUAUGACAUCAAGUACCUCAUGAAGAGCUGCAGAAACCUCAGGGGUGGACUGCAGGAAGUGGCCACUCAACUAGAGCUGGAGAGAGUUGGCUCUCAGCACCAGGCGGGGUCUGACUCCCUCCUCACAGGGAUGACCUUCUUCAAAAUGCGAGAAAUGUUCUUUGAAGACCACAUUGAUGAUGCCAAGUAUUCUGGUUACCUGUAUGGCCUUGGUUCUGGAGCCACCCAUGCCUAUAGCAACUCUUGCAGUGGCUACCACAGAGGCUACUACAGUGGCUACUACAGCGGCUACUACAGAGGCUACCACAACAACUUACAGUAUGUCCAGUACAGCAGAGAACCUGUAUGGAGAGGAGACCAGCCAGUAUUCAUGAGCAUUCCAGAGAUGCCCCUCUUUGAGGUCGAGGACCAGCAGUUCUACACCUAUGGCGAGUGAGCCAGGCCGGCCGAGAUCCUGUCUUAGGAGAAGGUUGAGUUUUCCCUGAUGUUUGCCUGAAAGUUGAUCAUCCACCAGUUUACACAGCGUUCCCUUGUUUUGAACCCGUGGAGCAGAGUAUGUUCGUUCAUUGUGCUGAAAACUGUUGUCUAAGCUAAGCUAACCCAAGAAGAAAAAGAAGACCUUAGUGACUGCUUUUCCUGGUGUUUCAUCUUCUCAGCACCUCUAGUGUUUCUUGGUUUUGAAUUGGUAUGUGUAUUAGAUCUGUGACUGACUAAAUGUUUCAAUCCAGCUUUACACCCUUCAGCAAAGUCCCCUGUGACUGGCUUUUCACAAUCUGUCAGGGAGCUGGCAUCCAAGGAGUCAGCCUGAGGUUCUGGUGAUGGCAUCUUUCCUUUUAUCUCCUUUCUGCCUUUGUGUUCUACUAACACAUUUCUUCUUUCUCCCAACCCUCCCUGGCCCCAGCCCUCCCCCACUUCCCCCCACCCCCACCCUCUUAAACCAAUUUCAUUAUAGAAAGUCCAAAGAGAACAAAGUCACCUUAGGUAUAUUUUAUACCUCAUUAAUUUAGAAGAAAUAAGACUGUGCUUUUGUAGUUGCUAGAAAGACAAAACUCAUUCUGAGGCUUGUUGUAAAACAACAGAAAGUCCCCCAAAUUCACUUGAAUGGUAUUAGCCAUCUGAGGACUAUAAUGAUUAUUUAUUUUUGUGUGUAUAUUUUUGCCACAUAUUUUCUACCUAAUGACAGAAAUAACUGUGAAUGCUUUCUUAGCCAAGCAGAGUAUGUGUGACCAGGUCAGAGCACGUGAAGGAAAACCCUGGUCAUUUGGUAAUGCAAUCCUGGUCAGAAAUGACUUGUAAGUUAUCUGCACUUCAAUUGGUAAUAUUCUCUGUUUGCCAGAUGCACUUGUUACCCUCGUCCUUUAAUAUUCUUUUCUUGUGAAGUUUGCCAGAGAGUUGACUUGGUGAGAAAUGUGGAUUGGGAGAAGCUCAGAGGAGGAAAAGAGUUCUUGGAGUGUGGGUGGUUCUGGAGAAAUGGCCUUGGGAAGCAAAGAGUGCUCCAACUCCCCCCCUUGAGGAGGUCCUGGGGUGGGAGAUGGCUGGUGGCUGGGGGUCAGGGGAGCUGGGAAAUGAGUGACAGUCCAACCACAGGCAGGUCUUGGUGAGGGCAAGAGAAAGGAAGGGGUGGGACAUGAGAAGGUGGUAUCCCUCUUACUGCCCAAUGCAUAUGGUGCCAUGAACACAGCAAGCAUCUGAGGAGUGUGUGAUUCUUCGAAUGUCUGGCUUCCUUCAAGGCUCAGGCCAAGGGGCCACCUUCUGCAGGAGGCCUUCCCCAGCUCCCUCAGCUGCUAGUGCCUUCCCCUCGCAUAUUGCCUUCCACCUACUCUGUCUAUAUCGUGUGUGUGUUUGUGUGUUUGUGUGUGUGUGUGCGCGCGCGCCGAGCUCAUUACAAGUUGUCUCUCCUCUUAGAAUGUGAGCUCCUUGAGAGCCCAGAUAGUGGAUUUUUUUGCCUUUCAUUGUACCACAGCGUUUAGCACAGUGUUUGGCAUACAGUAAGGACUUAAUAAAUGUUUAUUUGAUUGA